AUGGACGCCGUUGACUCCAUGGUGGACCCCCUCCGCGAGUUCGCCAAGGACAGCGUCCGCCUCGUCAAGCGCUGCCACAAGCCCGACCGCAAGGAGUUCACCAAAGUGGCGGCACGGACGGUGAUCGGGUUCAUCGUCAUGGGGUUCGUCGGCUUCUUCGUCAAGCUCAUCUUCAUCCCCAUCAACAACAUCAUCGUUGGCUCCGGCUAG